AUGACGCCAGAAACCCUCCGCAUAUCCCUCGAAAACGUCGACUUCCGCCUGCCAACCCAAGUAACCGACGACGCCAGCGUCACCGCGCUCAAAAGCCUCGUCUUCGAGCCGCUCCUCCGCUGGCAGCCCCACGGCAAGAUCCAGCCCGGCCUCUUCGACCGCUGGGCGCACUCCGACGAUGGGCGCACCUGGACCUUCCACAUCCGCGACGGCGCCGUCUUCCAUGACGGCAAACCGUGCACCUCGGAAGAUGUCGUGAGCUACAUCCUCGGACUGCUGGACUCGCGUGACUACUUCGGCAUGCGCUGGAGCUACAGCCGCUACUUUGCUCGCGCGAAGCUCUCGGCGCCUGACGCGCGGACAGUGAGGGUGGAAAAUCCGGAGGCGUUCGCGCAGGUGCUUGAUAUCUUUUGCGAGUUCUGGCCGGUGAGGGUGGAUGGAGAUGGGAAGCCGGUGCUUGGGACGGGACCGUUUCGCGUGGUGGAGUUUGAGCGGGAGGAUGGCGUUGGGAGGGCGAAGCUGCAGCGGUUGAGCCCGUCGAGACAUGGGACGCCUCAUGUCAUUGUUGCGACGCAGGAUGGGAAUGCGGCGAAGAGGUUGCAGCAGCUGCGCGAGGGAGAGGUGGAUGCGGCGCUGAACUUGGAAAGGGUUGAGGAUCUUGGCCUGCUGAACUUUGAUGCGUCGCUGCGAUGGGGCAGGGUUACGAGCACGCUUUCUGCGAUAUACUACCUCAACUGCAGCGAGGGCAUCUUCCGCUCUGCGAAGGCGCGUCUGGCGGUCAACCUUGCUGUGGACAAAGAUGCUCUGGUGAAGGAGGUGUACAAGGGCUUCGCACUUCCGUCGGCUACUAUUGUGAGCCCUUUCCACCUUGGCUUUCCGGAAUCACAGCUGCAGCCUAUCCCCUUCGACCCAGAGCGUGCGAGGGAGCUGCUCAAGGACCUGGACCCGACAGAGUCGCUCAUUCUGAGGACCCCGACAUACAUGCCGGAGCACGCGCAGAAGAUCUCCAGCUUCGUCGCCAGGUCCUUGAAAGCGAUCGGGUUUGACGUUGAGGUUAGAGUUGAGACCAACCGGCCAGAGUACGCCAGGCAGAUUGGGCUUCAAAAGCAGAUUGGAGACUUGGCGCUAUUUGAUUCAACAGCCAACAGCACGUUCAGGGUACUGGACGACAAGGUGUCGAGCUCGUCUCACGCCACUUGGUGGCUAGGUUUCCAUGACGAUGACGUUCAGGAUUUGUUCCAGACGGCACGGAGUAAGAUCACAAGAGAGGAUAGGGCAGAGGCUUACUCGGCCUGUCUGAAGAGGCUCCAUGAUAAUCCGCCGUGGUUGUAUGUUGCACACCCAGAGGUGGUCUGGGCGACGAGGCAUGACACGUCAUUAAGAAUUGGCCACUCGGGCAUACUUACGCUGGGAGAUUGA